CCUUCUCCAAUUUCCGACGCAACUCUUCGUCGCCCACUCACCUCGACUCAGAGCACGUCAUGCAGACCUUCACCCGUCUCUUCGCACUCGUCUCUCUGGCCGCUUGCGUCAUUGCGCAUGAAGGUCAUGAUCAUGACACCCAGAUGCCCCUUGACUAUGUCCGCUUCCCCUACCAGGCCGCCUACCCCGGGGAUAACGAAGUAACCGCCGACUCUAUCUUCUCUGGUAUUACCACGUUCGCCAGGCUUCCCUGGGUUCAGUGCCUGGGCAAGGAAAAGGACGUUCCGUUUGACGUCGCAUUCCUCGGAGCGCCUUUCGACACCGGUACAUCUUAUCGUCCCGGGGCCCGUUUUGGGCCAGCAGGUAUCCGUGCCGGUUCGCGUCGCCUCACGCUGUACGGCGGGUACAACGUCCCCUUGGCGGUCAACCCGUUCCGGUCUGGCCUGAAGAUCGUCGACUGUGGUGAUAUCCCCGUCACGCCGUACGACAACAGGUACGCCAUCAAGCAGAUUGAAGACGGCCACAAGGCGCUCUUGCACCGUCCGGCCUACUCUCCGCUUGGAAAUGAUUCGCUCACCGGUGAACCGCUGCAACCACUCUCUCUUGAUGGCAAGACCCACCCCCGCGUCAUCACUCUGGGCGGUGAUCACACGAUCGUCCUCCCCCUCCUGCGUUCUAUCUACAGUGUCUACGGCGCCAUCUCAGUUAUCCACUUCGACAGCCACCUCGACACAUGGAAGCCUCAAGUUUUCGGCGGUGCGCCCUCCGACCAGGCGGCGAUAAACCAUGGCACGUACUUUUACUGGGCGAGCCAGGAGGGCCUGAUCAAGAACGGCUCAUCAAUUCACGGCGCCAUUCGCACCACCCUCUCCGGUCCUGCGGACUAUGACAAUGACGAUGACGCGGGUUUCCAGCGCAUCGAAGCGCGCGAAAUCGAUACCUUAGGUACUGCUGGUAUCGUGAAAAAGAUCCGCGAGACCGUGGGCGACCUGCCAGUCUAUCUCUCCAUUGAUAUUGACUCCAUUGACCCUGCCUUCGCGCCUGCGACGGGUACACCUGAGACCGGCGGGUGGUCGACACGCGAGUUGCGCGAGAUCCUGAGGGGUCUAGACGGCUUGCACAUCGUGUCUGCUGACAUCGUCGAAGUCGCCCCGGCGUAUGACACGAACGCUGAGCUUACGACCAUGGCGGCUGCCGACGUUCUGUAUGAGGUUCUGAGCGUCAUGGCAAAGACGCCCCUAGGUAAGGUCUCGGCUUGAACGCGCCGGGACAUGACAUUUCUUUGCAUGUUGUUCUCGCGCUACACAUAUGACGGAAGAUUCCUGUCUUCCCCCCCCUUGCCGUACCGUUCGUCCGAAAGAUGUUCCAUUCAUUCCAAAUGUGAUGAUGAUCUUCAUGCUCGUGAAUCCCGUGGAUAUGGGACGAGUCUAGUAGACCUUCCUUAGUGCACGAAAUAGUAUAAAGAUGGCAUCCACUCACCAACUUCGGCCGAAGAGAUCUGAUGGCGAACGCUUAUCUCCGAGUUGGCCAUGCGUGCUCCUCGUGUUGGCACGUACAGACUGC